CCAAAUACUUUAUUUUUUUCUUCAUGAUUUUAGUCAAAAAGAAUAAUUUAAAACCACAAAAGAGUGAAAGACCAAACACAAACAAGAAAGGAUAACUGAACAAGGAAGACAAGUAAGAAACCACUUUCUCCAUUGAGAAAACGAAACAAAACAAAAGAAGAAUGGAGUAUCAAUCUUUUGGAAGGUACCAAAAACCAAAAGGGUCUAACGUAAAACAGGUAUUGAAGAUGAUGCUAAUUUUGGCUGUUUGUGCCUGGCUGUUAUAUCAAAUCAAGAAGACAGAAAUAGAGAAAUAUGGCCUUCAAAUCAAGCUUGUUGCUGGAUGUGGAGAUAAAUUCUUUGGACGGAAAGGGAUGCUAUCACAUCCCGAUGAAAGAGCUUUUCCUGACUCAGGAAAGGUAGAUUCUGUUGGAGAAGUAACAAAUGAGUUUAAAAGUAAUGACAAAGAAAAAGAAGUACAACUUGGAGUUGAAGAGAAGGGAAACAAGAUGCAGAAAAAUGAGGUGGAGAGUGCUGCAAAUACUGGUGUAAUAGAUGAGGUCCAAAGCUUUCAUGAUGAAAAUGGUGUUCCGCCUGACGGUGGUGAAGAAAACUUGUCAACUUUUACAAUAGUAAAUUGGCUUAAAAAGAUCAGUAUUUAUGAAGUCACGUAUGGAGAAGAUAAUGAUGUUGAAAUGAAUUUGGAAGGAUCGAUGAAUGUUACAACAGCCGAAGAAGAAACCAAUACAGGAACUACUGCUCAUGUUGAUACUUCAGGUUUGCUAUCAAGAAAUAGGUGGAGAUAAUAUCGUUUUUUUUUUUUUAGAUUUUAAAUUAGUUUAUCAUCAUUGUAAACAAAAAGCUGUAGUCUUGUAGAUGCCAGCUACCAUGACAAAAGAAAUAAGUCCUAAGGAGGUUUAGGUCUAGGAUUAGAGGAUCUAUUUUUUUUGAACAUGUAUGAUGUAAUUAACCAGAGGGAAUUUUAAGGUACAGAUCUUUUUCUCAGAGAUCACUAGCUGCACAAUUUGCCGGUGGCUUUCAUUUAUAUAUGCAGCUUUCUUUGUCUUGGACUUGAAAGAUUCUAUAGGCUAAUAUCAAUGUAGUUGUUACAUUUGACA